ACAUUGGGGUGGGGGGCUAACGAUAUAACGUGCCUUUACGAACGCCCUAGUGGCCUUGGGUCUUUCGGAGCUCCCCAGAAGUUUGUUGUUAAGUUCUCGAGAAAACAUGGCGGGAGUAUGCCUCUUGCGCAAGAGGAGCAUUGGACAAAGAAAGUAAAAAACUCGGCCCAUUGUAUUCAGAUGAUCGAGCCGAAAGACGUCAAUGCAAAGAAAAACGAACCGCUCAAUGAAUUACAGUUGGCACCUGCAACGGACGACUCUAGCAACGCUGAUGAUACCAGUGGAGACGAAAGCAACUACGAGAAGUAUCCGGGUACUAGAGAGGAAUACCUGGAAAGCGAGCGAAUACGUAAACAGAAAUGGCGGCAAAAUCCUCAAUACGCGCAGGCUCGCAAGGACACCGCAAAAAAUAUAACAAGGAAAAUGAGGGGCAUAGGCGGUUGGGAUUUCCUCUUAUUUGAGUAUGUAGAGAAUGGGGACCUAGGACAGCUUAUAGGCAAGCUGGCGGUCCAAACAGAAAGAGAGACAGGGGAAAUGGGAAGAGUCCCUAACAUGGUUCUGUGGUCAUUCUGGUUGUGCCUUAUCCGAGCCUGUAUUGCGAUGGAGUAUCCUCCGAGGAAAUUUCAUCCCAACCGGAAAAGACCUGAAAAGGAAAAUGAUACGUCUGGGAAAGCAUUUGGACUUGGUAAGGGCACUGAUUCUGACACAGAUGUAAGAGAGAGCGAGCAAGAAGACUUGAUCGAAAGUAUCCCCCCUUCGUCCAAAGCUGCCAGGCGUCAGAAUCUCGUUCACUUCAAUAUUGAUCCAACAAACAUAUAUAUUGGUGAGCACGAAUUGGAUCGCUAUGACAGGCAGGCAUGGGACAAUACACGUAAAGAAUUUCAGAAGAAGAGGACGUCUCGAGGAUUACCCGAGAAGGAAUUACGACCUAUCCCGCAGACUGGGGUGAGAAGCGACAGAAUAGAAGCUGAACAUCAACUUGUUCCGAGGCUUAAGUUAGCAGAAUUUGGAUUGGCGGAUAAGAUCAAGGUUGGCAAGCGCAAUAUAUAUUAUUUAAAUCGACGAGCUAGAUCGCACCACCAGAACUACGCACCGGAACAAUUCGCUGAGGAUUGGGACCUCUAUCAAGCCAAGGACGACUUUCUCACAAUAGAUGGUUCGAGGGUUGCAGGAUUCUAUGGUCCCCACACAAAUGUCUGGGGCAUAGCAUGGGUUAUGUGGUCCCUGAUCACCAAAUUUUAUCCGCCGGCUUCCCCCGAGCCUCAAAUACCAGAUGGUAUCGAACAAUUCAACAUUGUGAAGGACCCGAAGGAGCGCACCAGGCUUAUAAAUGAGAAAAUAGCCACGGGAACGCCGGUUUCUUAUUGCCCCCUUCUUAUGGCCCCAGGGCAUAACAAUUUCUUUGGAUGGGUUGACAAAGACCUCCGGGAAACGAUCUACCGGUGCAUGUACCAUUGCCCUGACCAUCGUCCGACAUUAGAAGAUUUGAUGAAGCAAGCCACCCAAAAAGUGGAAGUUGAGUUGGACGUGCCUGGUGCGGAAAAUGUACGACAAUGGAUUAAUAAAUGGAUAUACGAUGCCAUGGAUGAAGGAGAAAACUACGAUCCACCCCCAUCCCCAUCCCCUGAUGGCGGCCCUCCUCCUCCUCCUGGUGGUCCUUCAGGGGGUGCAACUUCUGGUCCUUCUGCUGGCCCUUCUUUUAAACUUCCCAAACCUUCUUCCGCCAGUCGGCCAACUGGUACUUGGCCCACGUGGGCUGCCCCUUCUGGUCCUCCCACUGGUCCUUCAUUAAAUCGCCCUCCCAAACGUCGUGCCUCGGGAGAUUCUUCGGCUAGUGGUCCUACUAAACGUCCCGCCAGCAGCUCGGGAUAUUCUACGAGUGGCCCCCCUCGUAAAAAACGCCGCGGCGCCACAACUCCUUUACCGCCGUUUGCCGCAUUAGAGGACAGUGUUCCAGAGGAGUCAAUCGAGGAAGAAGACGAUGGUGAAGCGCCGGUGAGAAGCUAUGGCGGCAGCCUCGGAGCGUCGGGUCCCUUGAUACUGCACGAAAGGCGUAAACGUAUCGCGUAUGGCAAAGGGUCUGCCAGAGCAAAUUUCGCCAAGUAUUUUAAGGCCAAGGGGUUCCGCCCAAUGCCACUCCCCAAAAGUAGAUCCAAGAGCGGCUUUGAAGCAAUUAUCGAUAGCUUGCCAGUUCAAUUCAAUUUACCAGCAGGCGUAGUCCCUCCAACUGUCGACGAGCUGAUGCGGAUAUAUCAAGCUUUAUGGGAUAGAGGAGAUUUUGUAAAUCAACCAAAGUCCAAAACCACGAAAACACCAAAGGCCAAGACCAAGACCAAGACGGGCAAGAAACCGACCAAGUCGGAGCCCCCUCAAACGCCCGAUGUAACAGGGGAGAAAAGAAGCAGAGCCCCAACAUCGGGAGAUGUUUUGGCUGCGGUUCUGGCCGAAUGGGCAGAGAAUAACAAUAUGAUGCUAGACUUAGGUUACAUUUGGCCAACAGGUGGGAAGGGCCGUGGAAAAUCAGUUCAAGAAAAGCGGUUCGAUAACCAAUUUGGGAAUUCGCAUGCCGUACAAACACUAUGGAUCUAUAACUCUACUCGGCGUGGGGCCGACGAUAAAGGUGAGGAUUCGAGUGCAAACCAUUUUGCUGGUCUCGAGUUCGAUAUGGGUCAAGAAUCAAUGGCUUAAACCAAUAGUUACCCAGGUAGCUAUUGUGGUUUAUUUGUAUAUUAGGC